AUGGGAAACCAGAAAAUACCCGACGCCUGGGACGAGGACUGGGAGACGCAGGCCGACAGGGCUGCCCAGGCAGAGGAAAAGGAGCCUCCUACAGCGCAAGCACCCAAGAGCAAGGCGGAGCGCUGGGCAGAGCACCGCGAGCUGAACCGCCAAAUCUGGGAAGCAGCUGAGGCUCCCCCGGAGAUGUAUCAUGUAGCCGCCACCAGCAAUGUGCCACUCACCCAGGGCUUCAAGCCGCAGAUGAAGCUCCUCAGCCGCAAGCCGCCGCCCACGACAGUGAAGACCAAGGACCCCGUGACGGGCAUGGAGAAGCUUACCAUCCAGGACGACGUCGAGGAGGAGGACGAGAAGCCGCCGCAGCCGACACCAGAGGAGAUCAGGGAGCGCGCCAGCAGCGCGAGCUCGAGGAGAAGCAGCGCAAGUACGAGGAGGCGCGCGCCAAGAUAUUCGGGGAGUCCCCCUCGGGGGUAUCGUCAGGGGCCUCUACGCCGGGCACCACAACACCCCCGCUCGCGGGGGAAAGCGGCCGGGGGAAUUACCGGGGGCCGGGGCCGUGGGCGCGGCGGGAGGGGCGGCCGCGGCGGCCAGCGGAACCAGGAGAACUACAACAAGGCCGAGGUGCAGGACCGACGACCAGGUAAUACGGGGAGUCCAUUCCGGGAACUCUUCGACCCUGACGCUGGCUCGAAGCCAGGAUCACGUCAACAGCGCGGGGUUGGCACAGCGUCACCUCCUCGUGGCCCAGAGCAUGCGAUUCGAGCGCCGAGGGGGCCAGAUGACAGCGGGCGAGGUGGGUUUGGAUUUGCCAAUCGUGGCGCCAAAGAGGGUUGA